AUGGUGGUCGCCGUGUUAUUCUCUACCGUUCCGGUUUCAAUCUCUAUUCCAUUCAUAGUGUUUCACGGAAUUGGAGAUAAAUGUUCUGGUGGAGUUAAUAACUUCACGCAACUCCUAAGCAUCCUCUCCGGCUCUCCUGGCUUUUGCUUAGAGAUAGGAAACGGAGAGCCAGACUCAUGGUUCAUGCCACUAACGCGCCAAGCGAGUGUAGCGUGUGAGAAAGUGAAACAGAUGAAAGAGCUGAGUCAAGGUUACAACAUUGUUGCACAGUCUCAAGGUAACUUAGUCGCUAGAGGCUUAAUCGAGUUCUGCGACGAUGCUCCUCCUGUCAUCAACUAUGUCUCUCUAGGAGGUCCUCAUGCAGGCAUCGCCAAAAUCCCUAAGUGCUCUGCUGGUCCAUUUUGUGAUAUAGCAGAAGCUUUGAUGAAGUUAGAGAUUUAUAACGACCUCGUUCAAAAUAUUAUUGCUCCUAGCGGUUAUGUCAAGAUCCCUGGUGAGAUGACAAAGUAUUUGAAACACUCUAAGUAUCUACCAAAGCUAAACAACGAGAGACCUGAGGAAAGAAACUCCACUUUCAGAGACCGUUUCACCAGCUUACACAACUUGGUUCUUGUCAUGUUCCAGAACGAUACAACAUUGGUCCCUAAAGAAACUUCUUGGUUCGGAUAUUAUACAGAUGAAGGAUUCGAUUCUCUUCUGUCAACUCAACAGACAAAACUAUACAUAGAAGACUGGAUCGGUCUGAAAGCGUUGGAUGCUGUCGGAAAAGUGAAGUUCGUGAGCGUCCCAGGGGACCACCUCAUAAUAGCGUAUGAGGACGUUGUGAAAUACGUUGUGCCUUACCUGAUGCAGACAAGUUUGUGA